AUGGCUCCUUCAAGAGCCGGACGGCGCAAGAAGGACUAUGACGUGGUCCUGCAGGGAAGCUCUGUCGAGAAGGUUUCUUCAGAAAUUGUCACACAGCUAGCGGCAAAAGGCUUCUGCACAAUCGAUCCCAGACUUGAUGAAGAGAUGCUACGUCAAGCUCGUGAGGACAUCAGUGAUUUGGACGCUCAGGGGAUACUGAGGCAGCCGCCAGCCAUGGUUCAUGAUGGUCUUCUCGGCGAAGAAGGCUCCUCUCUCAUAGCCGAUUUCUUGCAGGACGGUUUGACGGACGACAAGAAGGUCCGUCAUCUGCACGCUCUGGACAACGCUAUGGCUGAGUUGGUGAAUGUCUUGCAGCUGUCCAUCCACGACCUCGGCUGCGGCAAUUUGAGCAGGACGCACCCUAUUCUGCAUGAGACUGGACUUGCACCGGAGCAUGCGCCCGAGCCCACGGAGCACGAAGCCAGCUACUGGCUGGGAGUUUUGGGCCAGAAGAAGCUGAUGGUCAUGCUCUGUCUUGGCCCUGUCCGGGGGACCUUGGAACUACAACCGUACGAUGAAGAUGCCGAAGCGCACGAGAUCUCGACCGUGCCAGGAUCUGUUAUAAUCCUUCGUGCUGAUGGUAUGUGGCAUCGACACUGCGCACACUCAAAGGCGCAUAUCUUGAGCUGCUUUCUGGUCGGGCAAGAUUCCGGAGGCACGAAGCGGACGGGGCAGCCUUCUUGGGUGCCUCCAUGCGCCCGUGGUUUGGAGCAGUGGACUGUGGAGCGGAUGAGAUAUUUGAAGGAAGUCCAAUCAAAGGCACCAAAGGAGAAGCUUGACCUACCGGUUGGCUGGUUGACAGCCAUGAACCACAUGUUUCACACCGCACAGCGCGUUGCUGUAAGAUCUAUUGCUGCGAGAUAUGCAAGCACAUGGGAUGUGCAAUCCUGGUACAUGUCGCAAACGGCCGGCCCCGACUUUGUUUCGGAAGUACCGCUGACACGGUGGGACGUGAAUAUGUACUACGAUGCCGACGUUGAGAACUGGCGAGCUUACAAGACUAUCUCUCGACACGGGUCUUUCGUGGAUGGAACAGAAUAUUUUGACAACAAGUUUUUUGGCCUGUCGCCGAUGGAAGCAAAGGGAAUGGAUCCCCACCAGCGUGUGGUCCUGGAGGUUGGUUACGAGGCUUGCCACGGGGCCGGCUACAGCAAGGGGAAGUUGAUGAACAAGAUCGGCGGUGUCUACUUGGGAAGCAGCGCGACAAUUUUUGGCAUGGUGUCAGAAGUCAGCGGAGCGACUGGUGGUGCUGCGAGUAUCAACUCGAAUCGCUUCAGUUUCUGUUUGGGCCUCAAAGGCCCCAGUAUGACCUGCGAUACGGACGGCUCAUCGUCCCUAACUGCAAUUCAUCUCGGCGGCGAAGCAGUCCUUCAAAAGGGCCAUGGUGUCAGCAACGAGUUCUCCUUAGCAGGAGGAGUUGCGUUUCAACUCGGGCCACUGUGGCUGCCGCAGAUGCAAGCUGCCGGGCUGCUGGCAGGCAUCGGUCGGUGCUUCACCUGGGAUGCAAGUGCGCAAGGAUACACACUUGGCGAUGGCUGCGGCUUCGCUGUGCAGAAGCGGAUGGCCGAGUGGGUGGAUGGAAGGCAAGUUUACAUCGAAGGGGAGCCCCUCGUUGGAAGCAUUUGCGGAAGCUCUUGCGGGAGCGUGGGGAUGGCAGCAGCGAUGCAUGCCCCACACGGACCCUCGGAGCAGGAGAACAUUGCACAAGCGCUGCAGACAGCAAUGCUAGAUGCGCUGAACAUUGAUGCCGUGGAAUGCAAUGGCCAGGGAGCUUUGCUUCGAGAUGCUGUCGAAGUCGACUCCCUGUUACGCGUGCUGCGUGGCGAUGAUGUUCAGGCUCCGCUGACCCUCACGUCAGUGAAGAGCCGCAUGGGCUUCGCGACAGAGUGUGCUGGCAUUGCCGCACUGCAUCGUCUUCUAUUGUCUGCUGUUUGGGGCGUCAUUUCUCCAAACAACCAUCUCCAGCAACUGAAUCCUCAUCUGGAGUUCGAGAACAAAGCCGGGAUGCUGACAGAGCCGCAGGAAACAGCGCUGCGCAGUACAUAUAUGGGCGUGUCGGCUCAUGGCUUUGGUGGCACGCAGGUCCACGUAAUUUCCUAUGGCCACAGUCAACAGAUCAGGACGGUACCGCAGCCGGAGCGCAAUCGCAACGUUUUCAACUUCUGGCCCGGUGGCGGAGGUGAACUUGAAGAGGAGCAGCAACCAUUGCGCGGCUAUUUCAUUGCGGGGACUUGGACAAAGUGGAGGGCCAUCAAAAUGGAGAGUGAAGGUGAUGAGACCUAUGGAUACACUCUUGUCCUUGGAGAGAAUCGCUGGGAAGAGUCCCGGUCUUACUUGCUCUUGACUUUGACUCUCUCGCAGACAUCUGCCACCAUUUGCCAUCAGUUGCCAUUUGCUUCGCUGGACGCGAGGUUUCAGAUUCUCCUUGAUGGGCCGCAAGCCAGCAAGUGCAUCUUGUGGAGAAGGCUGGCCAAGUUCGGCCCUGUGCAAGCUAAGGUGACGAGAGAAGGUCGUGGUCGAUGGGUGGACGUGCCAACAGAUGCCGCUGCAGCGGUUGUGCUUGGUGAUGCUGAGAAGACUUCCAAAGCAAUCCAAGCAAUUACCAGCAGCCUGUCUGACGGGUCAACUCAAGCGGGUGAGCUCCAACUGAUGGAAGUCGGAAGUGGGGAUGUUGGCAUGCCCGGGGACAAGUAUCGCAUCAGGCUUCGGAUUGCUGGGAAAUACAGAACGGUUCUGUGGGACAAGCUUCCCACAGAAGACUAUGAUACAGCAGCGGAUGCACCCGAGGGUGACUACCACAUUGUUGGGAGCUGGAAUGGCUGGUCCCCUGAUCCAUUGUUUCUUCGAAACGAGAUCUGGUCUACGGAGGUGGAGUUGACAAAGAAAGGAGGCGACUUCCAGAUAUUGCGGAAUGAGGACUGGGGUCAGAUGAUCGCUCCACCGCGCGAAAAGGCCAGUCCUUCCGAUGCUGGUCAAGGUAGACUGGACGAUGUAAAGCAGGUCUCCUGGGAGAAGUUGCGGGAGGCUGGCCCUUCCGAGACGCUGUCUCUCAAACAUCAAAGCGGCACUCUUGGGGUCAUUGGUUCGUGGAAUGGGUUUGGCAGAGUGCACAAGAUGCACGCAGAGAUUAUGGAUGGACAAGUUGCGUAUGUCUUCUACUUUGAACUUGGUCAAAGCGGUGCUGAAGGUUUUCAGUUUGUCAACGAUUCCGAUUUGACGAGAGUUAUCCAUCCCGACCGUCUGGUGGCUCAAUCAGGCGGUGUGCACAGGGCCGUGGUGUCCUCGAUUGGCCACAUUGAGCAGGACAAAGUUUGGGCAGCCGGCUUGGACGGUGGUUCACCUGGUGACGUCUUCAAAGUCGACGUCCUGGCAGUAGGUGACGUCGUCACCCGCGUUACCUGGAGUCAAGUGAGCGAUGGUGCUGUACCAAGGGACCGCGAGAUCUGUGGGCCGCUGUGA